UAAUAAAAUCUCAAUAUAUGCUUGGUUCGUCGUCGAUGGCUCUUUGCCUCUUUGGGCACGCAGGCGGUUUUGUGCUGUGCGGGGCUUUUGAAGUGGACACUUACAUUACUUGGAUUCUGCAUGUAGUCAAGUCACCAACGACCUGAGGAAUGACAUCCGUCUCCGAUCAAUCCCCACUCCACUUUCCGAUUUCCGUUCUUCCUCCUCCCAAUUCACCUCGCUGAUUCCACCAACUCUGCUUUUUUCUUUCUCUGUGACGAUCAAGAACAGAGAAAAACAGGGAUGAAGGUGGUGGUGGAGGUUGCGGACGCAGUGGAAUUGAUGCCGAAGGAUGGCCACGGCUCUGCGGACCCGUUCGUGGAGGUGGAGUUCGACGGGCAGCGCCACCGCACGGAGACCAAGUUCAAGGACCUCAGCCCGGCGUGGAAUGAGACUUUCGUCUUCAACGUGCUCGACGCCGCGCAGCUCGCCGACGAGACGAUCCAGGUGUUGGUGUACCACGAUAAGAGGAACGGCGAAGAGGGAAGAAGCGGUCGCGGGCGUGGUGGCGGGCACCACCGCAACUUCCUUGGACGCGUCCGCAUCUCCGGGGCCUCCGUACCGUUGUCGGCCAACUACUCCGUGCUCCAGCGGUUUCCCCUCGAUAAGCGCGGCCUUUUCUCUAGCGUCCGCGGCGAUAUCGGACUCCGCGUCUACGCAAUGCCGGAUUCCGCCGAGGAGGUCCGGCUCUCGGCUGAGGUGCCGCUCGCUGGUCCUUUCGUCCCUGUCGACGAAGUUCCAGUAGAGAACAAAGAAACGACGUUCGCUCCGGAUCAGGAGCCGCUGCCGCCUCAGGUGUUCUACUCCGUCGGAAUCGGCGAAGCCAGCAGCGCCGCCGCCGCCGCCGCCACCGCCGUUUCGGAUGGAGGAUUGGCUUACGAUAUCACCCAGAUGAAUCAGGCGAUGUUCGGAUCACCGUCUGUCAUCAGCAUGUCCCAAGCCCAUGCACGGGCUGAGGAGGCGCCGCUUGCGCCUCCACAGCCCCUCAUCCAACUCCGCUCUCCUCCCGUCCGCCCUGGCAGUCACUACGACCUCGUGGAGACUCCACCGCCCAUGGCAAGCCGUCCUGGGUUUCGCAGUGCAAUCCUCGGCGCCGCCGGUGAGAAGAUCGCCUCCACCUAUGACCUGGUUGAGCAAAUGCGAUACCUGUACGUGAACGUGGUGAAAGCUCGGGACCUCCCCACCAUGGACAUCACCGGUUCCCUCGAUCCUUACGUGGAGCUCAAGCUCGGCAACUACAGAGCCAGAACGCGAUACCUCGACAAGAACUCCAACCCCGUGUGGCACCAGGUCUUCGCCUUCUCCCAGCACAAUCUCCAGUCGAACGUCCUCGAGGUGGUCGUCAAGGACAAGGACCUCAUGAAGGACGACUUCGUGGGUCGACUCACCUUCCACCUGGAGGAGGUGCCCCUGCGCGUUCCUCCCGACAGCCCCCUGGCCCCGCAAUGGUACAAGCCGGAGGACAAGAAAGGGGACAAGAUUCACCAUGGCGAGCUCAUGCUCUCGGUGUGGAUGGGGACGCAGGCGGACGAGGCCUUCCCCAUUGCGUGGCACUCCGACGCCCAUGACGUAGGCCUCGAGGGCCUAGCCAACACCCGUUCCCAGGUGUACUUCUCUCCCAGGCUCGUCUAUCUCCGGGUUAUCGCCAUCGAGGCGCAGGACCUCGUGCCCCACGACAGAAAUCGGCCGCCGGUCAACGUGUGGCUCAAGGCGCAACUAGGCCAUCAAAUCUUGCGCACUCGCGGCGUCGCUGGCACGGUUAACCCCGUUUGGAACGACGAUCUGCUGUUCGUUGCGUCGGAGCCGUCCGACGAGCAACUCGUACUGACGGUAGAGGACCGGGUGGCGGCGAAUCGGGACGAACCGCUAGGCCGGCUGGUGCUGCCGCUAUCCGCCGCGCAUAGGCGGAUGGAGCAUCAUCACAAGGCUGUGGAGCCUCGAUGGUUCAGCCUCGCCAAACCGACGGCCUCUGACAAGGAGGCCACGGCCGAGAGCGACAAGGAGCAGCACAAGUUCUCCAGCAAGAUCCACCUCCAUCUCUACCUCGAGAUGGGCUACCACGUGCUUGAUGAAUCAACGCAGUACAGUAGCGACUUCCAGCCGGCGUCCAAGGUGCUCCGGCCGAAACAGAGUAUUGGGGUGUUCGAUCUCGGUAUCCUCGGGGCGCGCAACCUCAUGCCGAUGAAGGCCAAGGAUGGACGGGCUACCGACGCCUACUGCGUGGCCAGGUACGGAUCCAAAUGGAUCCGCACGCGGACGAUCCUCAACAGCCUCGCGCCGCAGUGGCACGAGCAGUACACCUGGGAGGUGUUCGAUCCCUGCACGGUGCUCACCAUCGGCGUCUUCGACAACUGCCAUUGGGGAGGCAAUAAGGAGGACGUCAGGGACCAGAGGAUCGGUAAGGUCCGCAUUCGUCUCUCAACGCUGGAGACCGGCCGUGUGUACACCCAUUUCUAUCCCCUUCUGAUGCUGCACACCUCCGGCCUGAGGAAAACAGGGGAGCUGCAUUUGGCCGUCAGGUUCACCUGCACCUCGUCGGUGAACAUGUUGGCCCUCUACGGCAAGCCGCUGCUGCCGAAGAUGCACUACGUCCAGCCGAUCUCGAUGCGGAUGAUGGAAUACCUCCGGCACCAGGCAAUGAUCAUCGUGGCCUCACGGCUCGGCCGCGCGGAGCCUCCGCUGGUUCGGGAGGCAGUGGAGUACAUGCUUGACGUGGACUCGCACAUGUUCAGCCUCCGGCGGAGCAAGGCCAACUUCUACCGCAUCAUGUCGCUGCUCUCCCGCGUGAUGGCAGCCGGCCGGUGGUUCGACGCGGUGCGGAACUGGAGGAAUCCAGUGACGACCGUAUUGGCGCACAUCGUGUUCGUGAUCCUGGUCUUCUACCCGGAGUUGAUCCUGCCCACCGUGUUCCUCUACCUCUUCCUGGUAGGCGCUUGGAACUAUCGGUUCCGGCCUCGAAAGCCGUCGCACAUGGACACGAGGCUGUCGCACGCGGAGAUGGCGAAUCCGGACGAGCUCGACGAGGAGGUCGACACGUUCCCGUCUUCGAGGUCCGCCGAGGUUGUGCGAAACCGGUACGACCGGAUGCGGAGCGUGGCGGGCAAAGUGCAGACCAUCGUGGGCGACAUGGCGACGCAGGCCGAGAGAGUGCAGGCGCUGCUCAGCUGGCGAGACCCGCGCGCCACCACCAUCUUCAUCCUGCUCUCCCUCGCCAUUGCCGUCGUCCUCUACGUGACGCCAUUCCAGGUGGUGGAGGUGCUCUCCGGGAUGUUCCUACUCCGCCACCCCAUCUUCCGGAGCAGGAUGCCCUCUGUUCCCUUCAAUUUGUACCGGAGGUUGCCGGCCAAGUCGGACAUGCUUCUAUAAACUCUUCGCGAUCACUCCAUUUCCAGUCCAAGAUAAAGGUAUUGUGCAAUCAAUUUGGAAUCUCAACCUUGAAGUACGAGAUACGGCAUCAUUCUCAGCAGAUUUGGAUAAGAAUCUUGAAGGCAUCAUUCUAAUAUAUGCAAUUUUUCUGAUACAGAGUAAAUUCCUGAAAUAUGCAUGCAAAUGCGAAAAAGAUGAAACUGUCCAUCCUUCUUAUUCUAAUUUUUUUUUUUCA